GCGGCCGUUGUGGGGUUCGACUGGAGGGGCGGGGGAGUCACCUGCGAGCGGCUGCGCCGGCCGGCCGCCCGUCCGUCCUUCGCGUCUGGAUCUGGCCGGCUGCGCGCGGUCGCGGCCGCGCACACCCUGGGAGGCCGGGGCGGGGAGCCGGCAGAGUCCGCGCCCGGCGCCUGGGACGAGGAGCAGUCGGACUUUCGCCGCCGCCCGCGCCUGGCCGGUACGUUACUGAAGAGACUCAUUAAAGAAAGAUUUAGACACGAACGUUGACUGAGGGACUUAAAGGUGUGUGUUGUUUUCUUAACAAUAAGGUGAAGUGAUCUUGACAUUGCGAAAUUUUUUUCCGCUCCCUUCGGAUCCUUGAAGCGCUGGAGAGGUGAAGAGUAUUAAGUUACUUAUUUGGAAAGCACAUAGAAUCGCCUCAAAAAGUAAAACUGAUAUACUGACCAAGGCAUCGAAAAAGGUUCAACUUGAGUUACCCCAGUAAAUGAAUGUAUAUUACUAUUUUUAAGUAAAGACAUCUUCGCUUUAAAAUUCUGUUAAAUGAACUGAAAGGACUCUUAACCACAAAUAAGGUCAACUCUAAAACAUGUUUUGGAGAAUUUCUCUUCUUAAUCUACAGGAAUUGGUUCGCUUCUCCCAUGGCAUCUCCAUACAUAUUACGUUGACCUGCCGUGGCACCCCCUUGACAGCAGACGUUGCAUGGGGUCUGAUUUGCCUCUCCCUCCCCAGUGUGCAGAGAACAUAGCAGAUGCUCAGGAAAGGUUUGAAUGGAUGAGUACACAUAUGCUCCUUGAACCUCCAGAUCUGUUGGGGAUUAGCAGAUACACAAAUCUUCAUAAAACAUAAUAGAACGCUAUUAGCAAAAAAAGAUGGUGGAUCGCUUGGCAAACAGUGAAGCAAAUACUAGACGUAUAAAUAUAGUAGAACACUGUUUUGGAGCAGCUGGUCAACCCUUAACUAUACCUGGACGGGUUCUUAUUGGAGAAGGAGUAUUGACUAAGUUGUGCAGAAAAAAGCCCAAAGCAAGGCAGUUUUUCUUAUUUAAUGAUAUUCUUGUGUAUGGCAAUAUUGUCAUCCAGAAGAAAAAAUAUAACAAACAACAUAUUAUUCCCCUGGAAAAUGUCACUAUUGAUUCCAUCAAAGAUGAGGGAGACUUGAGGAAUGGAUGGCUUAUCAAGACACCAACUAAAUCAUUUGCAGUUUAUGCUGCUACUGCCACCGAGAAAUCAGAAUGGAUGAAUCACAUAAAUAAAUGUGUUACUGAUUUACUCUCCAAAAGUGGGAAAACACCCAGUAAUGAACAUGCUGCUGUCUGGGUUCCUGACUCUGAGGCAACUGUAUGUAUGCGUUGUCAGAAAGCAAAAUUCACACCUGUUAAUCGUCGUCACCAUUGCCGCAAAUGUGGUUUUGUUGUCUGUGGGCCCUGCUCCGAAAAGAGAUUUCUUCUUCCCAGCCAGUCCUCUAAGCCUGUGCGGAUUUGUGACUUCUGCUAUGACCUGCUUUCUAGUGGGGACAUGGCCUCAUGCCAGCCUACUAGAUCAGACUCUUACAGUCAGCCACUGAAGUCUCCUUUAAAUGAUGUAUCUGAUGAUGAUGAUGAUGAUGAUAGCAGUGACUAAGGAAAUAUUUUGAAAUAUUUAAUUGGGUGCGACUAUCUAAAAAAUCAGCUUUGAGGGGAAUGUAAAAUUCUGAGCGCUCUCACUUUUGCUCUAGCCAUGAAUUUGCCUGAGAAACUUUUAACCUAUGUGCCUCAAUAUAUUCUAUAGAAAAUAGGUCCUGUCAUCGUCCCCCUCCCCACCAACUCCCCACUCUUCUACAGGGAUAGACUAUUGAAAAUAUAUCAGAUAAAUAUUUUGUUUCUUAUUCUUGUUUAAUUCUAGAUUAUUUUCUUGGAAGUUUGGGGAAAGAUGUUUAUUUAACAGAUCAUGUACUACAUUGUUGUUUAUUAUAUGUUCUGUUACGUGGAAAAACUGAGAGCAAAGAAUGAUGGAAAAAGGAGUGUAAUGUGGUUAGUUAAUAAUAUUGUUAGCUUUUUUUUAAACCUUCCUAUCUAAUGGUUAAGACACCAGUAACAAAAAUAUAUGCUUUGGAAAUCCUUUGUUUGGCUUUUUCGUAUACCAAAUGGUGCCUUAUCACAGUAGCACUGUUACAUGAAAUAAGCCCCGACUUGCUCACUUUUCAUUUUGUUUUAAAAAUACACUGGUGCUCUUUGAGGUGAUAAAAUGAGUGUUGGUGAAUGGAUGUAAUUGGAAAAUACUUCUCAUCCAAUAGCUACCAAGUACUAAAUUUAGAGGUUCUUCAUUCUAUAUGAAUAUUUUCCAUAUAAAAUAGUUGUGAUUAUAUUUUGUUUUAUACGUACCAAAUUAUAAUUUGUCAAUACAUAUUUUAAAUAGGUUGUCAUUAUUAGGAAUUUGGUUUGAAAUUUAUCAAAUAUAGAAUGGUCAUAUUGCAUUAAUUUCUACUUUUAGUAAGACAUUUGUAGAUAAAAAUUCAUCUGAUUUAAUAAUAUUUCUAAAAUGAAAAAUCUUAUAAAACCUUUGAAAUUAAAUAAUCUCUUAAAACAAAAAAAUCCCAUAAUAGAGCACAGAUCUACUUAGGCUGAAUAUUUGGAAGAAAUAAUGUGUAAGAAAGGUCAAGACAGACCAGUUAAGUUUGACUAGACUUCAUACCUGUAGAAGUGUUAUCUAUUUCAGUGUGAAACUAUCUUGAAUUUACAAAUAUAGUGUUAUAUUUUAUAAAGUUUUGUAAAGUCCCAAACAAUAUUUCUAUUUUUAUAAAACAAUUGUAUGUUUAAUCUGUUUCUGAAAUCAUUUUACAAUCUAUGGAAAUAGAGUAGCAAUUGAUCUUUCUAAAUUGUGAUCUUUAUUGAGUCAGUGUAGAUUGCUUAUGAGAAGUGGCAGUUUUUCACUCUUCGCUUCUGAGGCAGCCAUUAGGUUGAAGGUAUAUUUAUGAUAUAAAACGUGAUGCAUUUUGCACAACUCUCCAUUUGUAUGCUGCAAAUAACUACAGUCUUUCAAAUAUGAAAAAUCAGUCUAAAGUUUGUUUUAAAUAUUAAAUUCUUUUGUUUUUAAAUAUUUAAAUCUGAACAUAUUGCAAAUGUCAUAAGAGUUGAUUCAGUAACUUGUGCUGGAGGGUUCUUUGGUUUGGUUAAGGCGUUAACUUUACUGUUAAAUUGUGAAAGCUCCUGAGAUAUAUAGAUCUCCCUGUAGGAAAUGUGAAAGAAAGGCACAGCAGGUUUUUUGUUUGUUUUAAUAUCAGAUGGACAUUUCUUUCUAAGCAAUAUAUACAUAUAAUCAAUCAACAUAUCUGAAAAGGACCAUGAAACCUGAGAAGUGCUAAUGGAGACUUCCUGGUACAUGGGAACCACGGGGAUGUUCUGAGAUAUUUGCAUUGUCAACCUCUAUUGACUCUGUUUUUACAAUAAAAAAUAUUUUACAACUCA